CGGCCUCCAGCUGGGGCUGAGGAAAGGGGGUGGAGAGGUGCGGCCCCCCCACGCCCCUCUGGGGUGGGGGGCGCGGGCUCCGAGCUCCGAGGACCCCGGAAUGCCCCCCCGCCAGCCCCCUCGGCCGGCGGGGGGAGGGCCCAGCCGGGAGUUUGGCAAACUCCUCCCCGCGUUGAGUCAUUCGCCUCUGGGAGGUUUAGGAAGCGGCUCCGGGUCGGUGGCCCCAGGACAGGGAAGAGCGGGCGCUAUGGGGAGCCGGACGCCAGGGUCCCCUCUCCGCGCCCCGCAGCCGCGCUGGGGCGCCCGGCGCCGCCCCGCACUGCCUCGGCUGCUGCCGCUGCUCCUGCUGCUCCUGCCGCCGCCGCCGCCCGGGGUCGGGGGCUUCAACUUAGACUCAGAGGCCCCAGCAGUGCUCUCCGGGCCCCUGGGAUCCUUCUUCGGCUACUCGGUGGAGUUCUACCGGCCGGGAACCGACGGGGUCAGCGUGCUGGUGGGAGCACCCAAGGCCAACACCAGUCAGCCAGGAGUGUUACAGGGCGGUGCUGUCUAUUUCUGUCCUUGGGGCACCAGCCCGGGACAGUGCCAGCCCAUCGAAUUUGACAGCAAAGGCUCCCGGAUCCUGGAGUCUUCGUUGUCCAGUACAGAGGGAGAGGUGCCUGUGGAAUACAAGUCCUUGCAGUGGUUCGGGGCGACAGUGCGAGCCCAUGACUCCUCCAUCUUGGCAUGUGCUCCACUGUACAGCUGGCGCACCGAGAAGGAGCGGCUGAGCGACCCUGUGGGCACCUGCUACCUCUCCACAGGCAACUUCACGCGGAUCCUGGAGUAUGCACCUUGCCGCUCAGACUUCAGCUCAGAGGCAGGGCAGGGCUACUGCCAAGGGGGCUUCAGUGCUGAGAUCACCAAGACAGGCCGGGUGGUCCUGGGUGGACCAGGGAGCUAUUUCUGGCAAGGCCAGAUCCUGUCCGCCACUCAGGAGCAGAUCGCAGAAUCCUAUUACCCUGAGUACCUGAUCAACCUGGUCCAGGGGCAGCUACAGACUCGCCAGGCAAGCUCCAUCUACGAUGACAGUUACAUGGGAUACUCUGUGGCUGUGGGUGAAUUCAGCGGUGAUGAUACAGAAGAUUUUGUAGCUGCCGUGCCCAAGGGGAACCUCACCUAUGGCUACGUCACCAUCCUGAAUGGCUCAGACAUGCGAUCCCUCUACAACUUCUCAGGGGAACAGAUGGCCUCCUACUUUGGCUAUGCAGUGGCUGCCACUGACCUCAACGGGGAUGGGCUGGAUGACCUGCUGGUGGGCGCACCCCUGCUUAUGGAGCGGACAGCUGACGGGCGGCCCCAGGAGGUGGGCAGAGUCUAUGUCUACCUGCAGCACCCAAGGGGCUUAGACCCCACGCCCACCCUUACUCUCACUGGCUCUGAUGAGUUUGGCCGCUUUGGCAGCUCCUUGACACCCCUGGGGGACCUGGACCAGGAUGGCUACAAUGAUGUGGCUGUUGGGGCUCCCUUUGGUGGGGAGACCCAGCAGGGAGUAGUGUUUGUGUUCCCUGGGGGCCCAGGUGGGCUGGCCUCUCAGCCUUCCCAGGUUCUGCAGCCCCUGUGGGCAGCAGGCCACACCCCAGACUUCUUUGGCUCUGCCCUUCGAGGAGGCCAAGAUUUGGACAGCAAUGGAUAUCCUGAUCUGAUUGUGGGGUCCUUUGGCGUGGACAGAGCUGUAGUGUACAGGGGUCGCCCCAUCGUGUCGGCCACCGCCUCACUCACCAUCUUCCCUGCCAUGUUCAACCCAGAGGAGCGCACCUGCAACUUGGAGGGAAACCCUGUGGCCUGCAUCAACCUUAGCUUCUGCCUUAACGCUUCUGGAAAACACAUCCCUAAUUCCAUUGGUUUCACAGUGGAGCUGCAGCUGGACUGGCAGAAGCAGAAGGGAGGGAUCCGGCGAGCGCUGUUCCUGGCCUCCAAGCAGGCCGCCCUGACCGAGACGCUGCUCAUCCAGAACGGGGCUCGGGAGGAGUGCAGGGAGAUGAAGAUCUAUCUCCGGAAUGAAUCAGAAUUCCGAGACAAACUCUCCCCAAUUCACAUCGCCCUCAACUUCUCCUUGGACCCCAAAGCCCCCACAGACAGCCACGGCCUGCGGCCAGUUCUACAUUAUCAGAGCAAGAGCCGGAUAGAGGACAAGGCUCAAAUCUUGCUGGACUGUGGCGAGGACAACGUCUGUGUCCCGGACCUACAUCUAGAAGUGUUUGGGGACCAGAACCGUGUGUACCUGGGGAACAAGGACACUCUGAACCUGACUUUCCAUGCCCAGAACAUGGGUGAAGGUGGCGCCUAUGAGGCUGAGCUGCGUGUCACAGCCCCUCUGGAGGCUGAGUACAUAGGACUUGUCAGAAACCCAGGGAACUUCUCCAGCCUGAGCUGUGACUAUUUCACUGUGAACCAGAGCCUGCUAGUGUGCGACCUGGGUAACCCCAUGAAGGCAGGAGCCAGCAUCUGGGGAGGCCUUCGAUUCACUGUCCGUCAUCUCCAGGACACAAAGGAAACCAUCCAGUUUGACUUCCAGAUCCUCAGCAAGAAUCUCAACAACUCGCAGAGCGAUGUGGUCUCCUUCCGGCUCUCCGUGGAGGCCCAGGCCCAGGUUUCCCUUAAUGGUGUGUCCAAGCCAGAAGCCGUGGUCUUCCCAGUCAGUGACUGGCAUCCCCCGAAUCAGCUUCAGACAGAGGGCGAUGUGGGCCCUGCCGUCCACCAUGUUUAUGAGCUCAUCAACCACGGCCCCAGCACCAUCAGCCAGGGUGUGCUGAACAUCAGCUGUCCCCAGACUUGGGAAGGUCAUCAGCUCCUCUACGUGACCAAGGUUACGGGACUCACCAACUGCACCACCAGUCACACCCCCAACCUGCGGGGCCUGAAGUUGGAUCCUGAGGAGGCCCCACACCACCUGCAGAGACGAGACGCUCCAGGCCGGAGCCCUGCCUCCUCCAGGCCGCAGAUUCUGAAAUGCCCAGAAACUGAGUGUUUCAGGCUGCGCUGUGACCUUGGGCCACUGGCUCGGCAGCAGAGCCUAAGUCUGCAGCUGCAUUUCCGAGUCUGGGCCAAGACUUUCCUGCAGAAGGAGCAGCAGCCAUUCAGCCUGCAGUGUGAAGCUGAGUACAAAGCCCUGAAGAUGCCCUACCGGAUCCUGCCCCAGCAGCUGCCCCAAAAGAAACUUGAGGUGGCCACAGCCGUGCAGUGGACCAAGGCAGAAGGCAGCAAUGGUGUCCCACUGUGGAUUAUCAUCCUAGCCAUUCUCUUUGGCCUCCUGCUCCUCGGUCUGCUCAUCUAUGUCCUCUACAAGCUUGGAUUCUUCAAACGCUCCCUCCCAUAUGGCACUGCCAUGGAAAAAGCUCAGCUCAAGCCUCCAGCCACCUCCGACGCCUGAGUCCUUCUGAUCACAGACUCCCGAUCCUAAAGGUCCAGGCCCCCUGCUCUCAGUCUGCUGAUGGGGAGGGGACUGGACACUUCCUAAAGGUGCUGAGGGCCAGGGAGAAGCUCUUCUCCCUAGCCCAGAGACAUACUUGAAGGGCCAGAGCCAGGGAGGGGGGCAAGAAGCUGAGGAUGCCCCCCAUGUACUGUGAAGGACCCUCGUUUACACAUGCCCUCUCGUGGAUGGAGGGCCCAGAACCAGGGACAGAGGCCCCAGCCUUCUGCAGCCUUUGCAUCUUGGAGUUUCUGAAAACAACUUGGAACCAUAACUAGGGAGUCAGUUGUAGUUCCCUGGACCAUACGUGCCAUCGGGACUUCUUGCGCAGCUCCAGCGUGCCAGGAUGCAUUGUCAGCCUUGCCAAAGAUCCACAACAAGCCCAGCUAAGAACCUGGGACGCAGGAGCGGGACCUGGCAGCUGCAACAGUCCCGGCCUGGUGGGCCAACAAAGAACACUAACCGUGGAUGUUUCCCCAGGACCAGCUCAGGACAGAUCCCACACAAAGGUCGAUGCUGGCCCAGAACCCAGCUCCAGGGGAAAUCAGAACUUGAAUGGAGCCAGAUCCAGUCUGAGGCUCAGGUUUGAUCUGGAACUGGACUCCAGGCAUUGAUAACCUAAUCCAGGAAGAUCCAGGACUAUGUGUUGGGUCUGCUCCAGACCUGGGCCUGCAGGCCCAAAGCAGUCCUGACUUGGAGAAGUCAGAAGUUGCCCAGGACCCUGACGAGGCCAUGGUGGCAACAGAUCUGGAACCUCAGCCUGCAGACUCAGGCCCUGUCGUUCCUCCCAGGAGAUGGGGCAGUGGGCCUGCAGGACUUGGGUUCUGCCCGCCAGCUGCACUGACACUGCCCCUCUCCUCCCUGUUCCCCACCCUCCCCUCCCCUCCGCUCCAGAUUCCGGGGACUUAUUUAAACUCUGUUGCAAGUGCAAUAAACCCAACCCAGCGCCCCACUACCAGGGCUGCAGUGUGUAUCUUACCCCACUCCUUCCAGACUCGUCCUGGACCCGGGUGGCCUGGUGGGAAGGAGAAGCCUGUCUCUUGGCUUCUUUUCCUUGGGAUUCAAUAAUAUGACACCCCCAUCUCCCCACAUGGCCCCCAAAUGGGAUUCAGGAGUAUAAACACCACCCACCCCAGCCCCAUGCCCUCCAACUUCUCU